CCUGAAUUUAGCCAAAUAGCACUUGAGAGCACGGCGGCUUACGCAUCCAUCCCGAAACUUGUUUUCACAACCAAAGUCGGUACUCUGCAGCGGAUGUAACAGGAUUGAGAAUUGCGCAAUGCAGCAUUUCAAAUCCGACGUUUUAGCAAACUCCAAAAGUGUGACCAUGUUGUCGCACCAAAGUAUAGUAAUCUUGACAAACACUUGAUGCUGACUACACGCAGACCGAUGACGUAUCGUGCUACUUUGGGGAACCAUCUCGUUACCAAACAAGUGGCAGUGAUUUGUUUCUAGAUGGAAUCUUAAAGAGUGAAAAUGAAGUGGGACCAGAAACUUCGAUUUCUAAUGCUGCCGACUUCGACCGUGGGGCGACUCCACAAAUAUUAUCAACUAACAUUCACUAGACCACGUAUAUAAGUAUACUCCCGCAGACAUGGCAUCAAGAUCAAUUCUAUUAUAUAUCACCCCAUACUCAUAACAUCUUUCUCAAACUUUCCCGCAAGAUAGCAAAGAAUAUCGAACGUCUUCACAACCGUCAAAAUGUCUGAAUCAAAGCUUUUCCAACCCCUCAAGCUGGGGAACCUCCAGUUGAAGAACCGCGUGGCUAUGGCACCCCUGACUCGCUUCCGCGCCGACGAUAACCAUGUGCCACUACCCAUGGUAGCAGAGUACUACGCUCAAAGAGCUUCAGUACCGGGAACACUCCUUAUCACAGAAGCAACAUUCGUAUCGCAGCAAGCAGGCGGGUACCCCAAUGUCCCAGGGAUCUUCACACAAGCGCAAAUCGAUGGCUGGAAAGCCGUCACAGAUGCAGUCCACAAGAAAGGAAGCUUCAUUUACCUGCAGUUGUGGAGUUUGGGUCGUGUAGCGAGCCUAGUCCAAGCCAAAAAGGAAGGUAUCACGAUUCAGAGUUCCAGCGCUGUCCCUCUUGUAGAGGGUGAUCCAGCACCCAAGGAGAUGACCAAGGAGGACAUCAAGGCAGCCAUAGCAGAUUUCGCACAAGGUGCAAAGAACGCUAUCGCAGCUGGCUUUGACGGUGUUGAGAUUCACGGUGCCAAUGGCUACUUGGUUGACCAGUUCAUCCAAGAUACCGUCAACAAGCGUACAGACGACUAUGGUGGCUCUAUCGAGAACCGCUCUCGUUUUGCCAUUGAAGUCACCCAAGCCGUUGUAGAUGCCGUUGGUGCCGAGAAGACCGGUAUCCGGUUAAGCCCUUUCAGCACUUUCCAGGGCAUGCACAUGAAGGAACCCGUGCCGCAAUUUAGCGACGUCAUCAAGAAACUCGCCCCAUUCAAUCUCUCCUACAUUCAUCUCGUCGAGUCGCGGAUCUCUGGAAAUGCCGACAUCGAAGCUACCGAGAAGCUUGAGCCGCUUAUGGAGCUUUACAAGGGCCCUAUGCUUAUCGCAGGCGGUUUCAAACCUGACUCCGCAAAGACUUUCGUGGAUGAGGAGCAUUCCAACAAGGACAUCGUAGUUGUUUUUGGUCGCUACUUCAUCAGCACUCCGGAUUUGGUUUACAGGCUGGAAAAGGGGAUCCCGUUGAACGAGUACAACCGGGACACGUUCUACAACGCAGGAUCGGAAACGGGAUAUAUUGAUUACCCUUUCAGCAAAGAGUUUCUCGCUGAAUCCAAGGCAUGA